AUGCUUGUGUCAAUGAUGUGCAACUUAAUGGGACCCAUCGCACUUAACCGAGUUGUAACGGUACUUUCGGAUACUUCCGAAGAGGAAGCCGAACUCGAAGCUACAGCAGCUCAAUGGGUCGGUCUGGUGUUCGCUGCCCAAGUGAUUCAAGCUCUAGCUGAUUGCUACAUUGGGACACAGAACGAGGUGGCUGCUAUCCAGUGCAUUUGCCUGCUAAAAACUUUAUUAUUCCGGAAGAUGAUGAAGUUAAGUGCCAGUUCCCGCAAGAGAAAAUCGACCGGAGAACUUACCAACAUGUACACGGCAGACUGCGAGUCGCUGGUACGAACAGCGUUGGUAGUGCACCAGAUGUGGCUCAUCCCGCUCCAGAUCCUCGUGGUUAGCUACAUGCUCGUCCGUGUACUGAGUGUUGCUGCAUUUGCGAGCAUUGCCGUGAUCGUGUUGAUGUUGUGGCUCAAUCAUUUCGUCUCGAAGCAAAUGCACAGCUUAGAACGCACACAUCGACGUGAAAAAGACAAACGGAUGAAAAAGGUGACGGAAGCGUUGAAAGCGGUGAGUGUCGUCAAGCUUAACGCUUGGGAAGGCCCGAUUACGGCAGAAAUUAACGCCGCACGGGAGACGGAGCUGCGUGCUUUACUCAAGAUGCGCAUCAUGACAUCGCUGAGUAUCGUUCUGCUUUGGGGCAUGCCGGUUUUCGUCAGCAUUGCUGCGUUUGGCACCUUUUCUGCUGGAUUGCAUCGCCACCUCACACCCGCGAUUGUGUUUACGAGUCUCGCGCUGUUUUUACUGAUCCAAGCGCCACUGCGUAGCAUCACGUCGAUCGUUUCGAUGGCUAUUCAAUGCAGUGUGGCGUUGGAGCGAGUAUCGUCGUUCUUACGUAUGGAUGAGUUGGAAGAGAGCAAUAAGGGGGAGUUUGCGUGGGAUAAAGAGGGUUUGUCCCUAUUGAGAAACGUGGACUUGGAAGUGAAAAUGGGGGAGUUUGUAGUGGUCCAGGGUCCUGUUGGGUGUGGGAAAUCUUUCUUGUGUUCUGCGCUGCUUGGAGAGAUGCAGAAACGUAGAGGAACUGUGCUUGUAAGUGGCAGUGUGGCGUACUGCUCGCAACAACCGUGGAUCCAGAAUAUGACUGUGAAAGAUAAUAUUCUGUUCGGCCAUCCGUUUGAACGAACCAAGUACGAGAAAGUACUUGACGCAUGUGCCUUGACGCGUGAUCUUCAGUCGCUACCAGCAGGAGAUCGCACCGAGAUUGGCGAGCGUGGCGUCAACUUGUCAGGUGGCCAACAAGCUCGAAUUGCGCUGGCUCGAGCGUGUUAUAGCGAUUCCAGUGUCUAUAUUCUGGAUUCGCCGCUGUCAGCAGUAGACGCGAUCGUGCAGAACGAAAUAUUCGAGAAAUGUUUGCUCGGACUUUUGAGAGAGAAGACGAUCAUAUUGGUGACUCAUAACCCGGAGAUUAUGACGUCGAGGUUCAUCACACGAGCCGUCACAGUGAACGACGCAGGUUCUGUUAUAGAGACUUUCUGUGCCGACAAUCAACCAGACUACGAGGCUCUUGUUUCUCCAAUAGGAAGAGAUUCGGAUCACUGUUCUACUCGGAAGAAGUCGCUGAGUUUUGCAGGUACCGAAGACAGCGAGAGAGGCAGGCUGAUUCAAGCUGAAACGCGGUCGGAGGGGCGAGUUGCUCGUCAUGUUUUUGAGGCCUACUACCACGCAGUUGGCGGCCUACCAGUCGUGUCAGCUAUUCUCGUGUCUCAAAUGUUGUGGCAAGUACUGCAGAUCAGCAGUGAUUUCUGGCUGAGUCAUUGGUCGAAUGACGCUGCUACACUUAAAGCAGCUGCGGCGAGCGCACAUACGCACACAGCGUAUCGUUUAGGUGUGUACGCAAGUCUCGGACUACUGGCAGCAACGAUGGUGUUUGGUAGGACCGUACUAGUCACGAUCUAUGGUAUUCGCGCUGCGAAGAACUUAUUCGACCGCAUGACGUACGCUUUAAUGCAAGCGCCCAUGCGAUUCUUCGAUGCGAACCCAAUCGGCCGCGUAUUAACUCGCUACGGAGGUGACGUAGCUGCCGUAGACGUCCAGAUCCCCUUCAUGUUCGGGACGCUAGCGGCGAACGUGUUCUCCGUUGGCUGUAGCUUAGCCACCGCUGCGUUUUUGAUCCGUUGGAAGGGGUUUCUGUUGCUCCCAGUGAUCGCAGUGUACGUGGCCGUCGGUAGUUUCUAUAUCUCGCCAGCUCGAGAGUUGCAGCGCUUGUCGAAGACUACGCUGUCUCCUGUUUUAACGCACAUGUCGGAGUCUGUUGAUGGUGCGUCUGUCGUUCGCGCUUUCGGACAAGUCCAAAGAUUCUUCCAGACCAGCAGUGCGAUACUCGAUGCGAACCAUAAGAUCUGGUACGCACAAGUGUACGUUACGCAAUGGUUCUCGCUGCGUAUCCAGCUUGUGGGCUGUUUAUUGUUACUUGUGGUCACGUCUUCGCUCGUGCUUCUGCACCGUCAACUCGACGUCGCAAUGAUCGGCUUGGCCUUCUCGUAUUCCUUGAAAAUUGCAGCUAAUCUGGAGGGAAUCAUACGCUCUUUGGCUCGUAUCGAGACGGUAAUGAUCAGUCCUGAGAGGAUCCAAGAGUACAUUGGAUUCGAGCAAGAAGCGCCCUACCGUAUCCCCAUGAUGGACCCACCAGCACAGCUCGAGUGGCCCUCAACUGGGUCAAUACUUUUCGACAAGGUUUCAUUCCGAUACCAACCGAGAGGCGACUUGGUACUGCGUAGCUUGAGCUUCUCUGUAGCUGGAGGGCAGAAGAUCGGAGUCGUUGGUCGCACUGGAGCCGGCAAGUCGAGCUUGGCUAUGGCAUUGUUUCGCAUCAGCGAGCUCACAUCGGGUAGAGUGCUGAUCGACGGCGUUGAUGUGGCUACUAUCGGUCUCAAAACACUGCGCGAAAAACUGUCUAUUAUCCCUCAAAGUCCGGUACUCUUCAAGGGUUCGUUGCGUGCUUACUUGGAUCCAUUCGACGAGUUCACGGACGAUCAGUUAGGAAACUCGCGAUGA